AUGCCUUCGCCACAGCCCGUUCAAACAGACGCAGCACCAGCACCUAUUUCUCUCUUCUCGCAGGCUCAAGUCUACAAUGGCCUCGUCUAUUGUUCUGGAAACAUUGGCAUCGACCCAAAGACAGGCAAGCUCAUUGAAGGCACGGUGACAGACCGCACUGAACAAACAAUUCGCAAUAUAUCUGCCCUCUUGGAGGCUGCCAAUUCAUCUCUCAAGCGAAUCAUUAAAGUCAAUGUCUACUUGACGACUAUGGAUAACUUUGGCCCAAUGAAUGAGGGUUACGCAAAGUUUUUUUCGGCUCCUUUCCCCGCCAGGACUUGCGUCAGCGUCGCAGGUCUGCCCAUGGGCUCAGACGUCGAGAUUGAGUGCGUUGCGGCAUUGAACGAAUAG